AUGGGCCGAUCACUUGGGCUUACUGAGCCUGGUGGACCUGUGAUUCCCCAUGUGAUCCCUAGCUUUGGAGAUCACAUAGCCUUUGCAUUGUGGACUUCCCCUGCGCAGGAUCGUGGGUUGUUGGAUUGUUGUCAUAGAUCUGGUAGUGUGGAGUCUUUCAGGAGAUAUGAAUGGAGUUCAGAGGGUUCUCAGAAGGUGGUUGAGGGCACAGGAUUGUCCCACUUGGCAGGGUGUAUGAUGCAACAUUUAGAUACAACUUUGAUAACGACAUUUGUGGAGAGAUGGCAGCCGGACACGAACACCUUCCACAUGCCAUUUGGAGAGAUGCCGAUUCUUCUCCAUGACGUGCAUCACAUUCUUCGUAUUCCAGUUGAGGGGGAGCUGAUGAGAGAUGAUCUGCAUCCGGGUGUUCUUAAGUUAGACAUGCAUGAUCUAGUUCUGGUCCCGGUGGAUGGUCAUGUUGGUGGACCAGCGGCCGGUUACGCCUGGGGAGCUGCUGCACUCGCCUAUCUCUACAGACAGCUAGGGAUGGCCACACGAGUGGGGAGUAAGAGCAUUUGUGGUUGUUUGACUCUGCUUCAGGCUUGGAUAUAUGAGUAUUUUCCACUCUUCCGUCCGAGCCAGAUUCUCCAGGCUCCAGAUGCUCCUCGUGCUUCCUCAUGGGUGUGUCACCGCUUUGCAGGUGGUGAUGAUGCUAGACAUCGCUUGGUACGGUAUCGACAGAUGUUGGAUGAGAUGUUAGGGGAGGAUGUGUCUUGGACUCCUUACGAGAGAGAUGCUGGCACGGAGAUACUACCCUCUUUGUAUACUGGUGUCAUUUGCUUUGCUGACAUUGCUGAGGGUUAUGAUCCUGCA